AGCAGCCCGAGGUUAUGGGUGCUUGUCAAUGGCUGGUCGUAUCGCUUCGGAACGGCUCUUAGAUGGGGCGAGGCAUGGAAGGGGUGCGCCGAUGGCUUGUGGUGGCAGCCGUGCUGGGAAUGGGGUCGAAGAGCACGGGUUUAACAUGUCUGGAACACCCACAAAAUGUUACCAUCAAUGUUAUUAAUGCAAAUAUUAUACUGAAAUGGGACUGGGAUAAUCCAUGUGGCCUCAAUGUAACAUUUUCAGUACAAUACCACAGACACUCUGCAAUCUGGGCAGCUCUUCCUCAAUGUCAGAAUAUAAUCGUCACAGAAUGUGAUCUCUCGUCAGCAAUUCAAGAUUAUUUAGUAUCUUAUAAUGUAACUAUAAGAGUGAACACUCUGAAAAACCACUCUCCUUAUGCCUUUUUAGAAUUUACUCCUUAUCUAGAAGCUCAAGUGGGUCCUCCAGGAGUUUGGUUUGAACCAAUAUAUGGAGGUGUAAAAAUCAAUAUUUUACAUCCUGAGGGAGAUCAACAAAAAAUGUGGAUGCUAGACACAUUAAAAUAUCAGCUAACUAUCUGGAAAAAUGCAACCCAUUCUAAGGAAAAAACACGAUCUAUUUUUCCAGGUGAAAUCAUUUAUGAUCUUGAACCAGAAACUACUUAUUGUUUGAAAGUUAAAGCACAUAUGGAUGAUCACUUUUCUAUUUACAGUCCCAUGCAUUGUAUACAGACUUCUAAAGUUUGGAUUGGACUACCUCGUCUUGAAAAUCUUCGAAUUCAUAGCUUGAAUAUGAAGCAUCUCUUAUAUUGGGAUAAUCUAUAUAAUGGAAAUGUGAGCUUCAUAGUACAGCUGCUUCCUGGAUACAAAGCCCAUCAUUCUCUUGAUAUUUCAAAGGACUGGAAAAAUGUAUCUGAAUGUGAAAAUAUCCAAACUACAUUUUGUGAUCUCUCGUCUUUCAUUGGCUCCAAUGGAAUUUACUAUCUCCGUGUGCAGGCAGUACAUAGUGAUAACAAGUCACCUUGGUCUAAAAUCUUAGAAUUUAAACCUAUAGAACAAAAUAAAAUGGGCCCACCAAAUGUUUCAGUCAAUGCCAGUGAAGAUUCAAUUAAUGUUUUCAUCGCUUCUCCUGGAGAGUCUGAAAACAGACCAAUGAGUGAUACAUAUGAACUGACUUACAACGUUUGGUAUUCGACUUCAUCUAUCACGAAGGAACUCAGACGUAAACCAUCACAGUUUAUAAUCUCAGAUCUGAUCUCCUCAACAUUAUAUUGCUUAAAAGUGCAAGCAUUUUCCGAAGUAUAUAAUAUAAGUAGUGCUUUUAGCAAUGAAACUUGCAUUAAAACAGCCAAAGGAGAAUCUUCACAUUUCAUCCCCCUAAUUAUUUCUGGUGCCGUGCUUUGUAUAAUAUCUUUCAUCGUUGCUAUUUAUUAUGCUUGGAGAAAUAUAAACUAUGCAUUCUUCCCUAAAUGUAAACCUCCAAUGGUCAUAGACAUAGAGAGCACUGGAGAAAACGAUUUGAAGAGAUUAUAUUUCCCAGUUGCAAAAGAGCAAACAGACAAAUGUAUGGUCAUAAAUUCCAGCAUUGCUCUUCCAUGUAAAGUUAACCUGGAUGAUGUCAGAGUCGACAAAGAGUUGGAACAGAUCAGUCAAGACUCAGGAAACUAUUUUAUUGAUAACAUCAUUUCUGGAGAUAACGAAUCCCAUCAAUCCUCAGAACUAAUAACAGUAUAACUGCAAGAUAAUGCAAGCUGGAAACAAGAUGAGGACAGCAUCAUAAUGAGGAAAACCUGAUUAUAGAAAUCAUCUGUAUUACCUUUAGUCUAUAAAGAACAAAGACCUGGGCCUAAAAGUGGGCCAGAGCUGCCUUUGCUGACACUGAUUUUGAGCUUUGUGGCCUGCUGCUGGAAGAACCACUUACUACAAGUGAAGGAACAAAUUUGUUUUCUCUUCUUAAAAUGCUACAGGAAAAAAAUGACUUUAUACGACUGGUGCUGAAAUCACAUUUCUGUGUUUAUGUAUACAUACCGUACAAAAAACACACCUGGACAUUUCAUUCUUACAGUAUUAACUGCAGUGGAUUCUAAGGGACUAAUUGUAGGCUGAGCCAGUCUAUAGGAGUUUUCAAAAGUAUUAAAGAAAAAGGCUACUUAUCGUUUUAAAAGGAAAGAAGGAAGGAAAGAAGAGUGUGUGUACCAAAUAAAUAUAUGCAGUGGUUAUGUUUUCCUUGUGCUGUAUGAUCACAAUAUUGGUGCUUUCCUUGUUCAUCAUUCAUUAAGCAAGAUCAUUCUUUGACACAAAGCAGUUCAUCAGGGUAAACUUGUAAUAAGUGUUAACAGCCGAUUAAAAACUUUAUAAUCUGUAUGAGUUACAGGCAGUCUAUGCAAGCAAUUGCAUGCAUGGCCAAAAUAUUUUUCUGUAGCACCCUGAACCACUUUUCAACGAUGAUUGCCAGAUACCAAUAGCACAGUUUCCUGCUAUUUUGAGCUAGAAAAUGCAUACAAAAAUUAUAGUACUAUAAUCCUUUUAAUGGACUUAAUACAGCUUUAUAUAACACAGUCAAAUAUUCCAUCCACAAACUGGGAGGGGUGGGGGGGGGCACACUGGAAAACCUUGGCCUCACCCAGCUGUCUGAAGCGCUACUACUCACUGGUCUUCAACCUGUUCCCCAAAAUGAAGGAUGUCCACUCUUAAUCUUGGUUAAGUCUCUUGAAUGAAAAUUAAUGUAAGCAGAAAGUUUUUAUUUCCAUGAACACCUAUUUUCCAAUAUAUUUCAGUUUUAGCCUGAAAAAAAUAAGUUCUUAUUGAACAGGAAAAUGAUUGGGUGGCUUUUGGCCAGUCAUUCUCUUUCAGCUCAACUUACCUCUCAUAGGAUUGUUGUGGGGAAAAUAGGAGGGAGGAUUAUUAUAUACACCAUCUUCACUUUUAUAUAGAAGGUAGGAUAUAAAUCAAAUAAUUUUAGUUAACAGUUAAAAGCAUAGACUUAGGAAUCUGCAAUUUGAAUGUAUAAAGGACAGUAACGAAGUUUGUUGUAUGAGAGGUUCUGAGAAUUUGAUUUGCUCUUCCCUAGGGUGGAAAAAAAUCACUAACCAGCAAUCAAAAAUAUCAAAUAUAUUUAAAAAUAACAGAGAAACAGCCCUAAAGUUAAAUGGGGUGGGAAACAAUAGGGUUUUACGUAUGUCGUAUUUAUCUUUUGACAAUAAAGGAUCUGAGUGUAACAUUGAAUAAACUUUUUUUUAAAGAAGA